CGUAGUAAUGUAGACGCGUCGUAACGCGUGCACCAAGAAAGCCGCCACUGGACGUUGUGCUAAAAAACUCAUUAAAAUAUUAAGUUGCACGUUUGAAUAUAAAAAUGGAAACAAUGUCGAACCCUUAUCCAAAAAAAAUGCACGACACUUAUGAGGAUGAGGAAGAGAGAAAACAUUUUCAACGUAUUGUUUCAGCUUUCAAAUAUUACAAAAAUCAUUCACUAUUAAGGGUUAAGAAAACAGAAUCCUAUUUGCUAUCACUUCCAGCCCAUCAUCAAAAACUGUUAUCAAAGUAUAAAGAACAUCUACAAGAAGUUAAAAGGUGUAUUGAAAAUAAUGAUGAGAUAAUCAAACUUAUCAUAAAAGAUGUAGCGCAUAUUUUUGAAAAUGUGAACCCAACUACUGCACAGACUGACAGUGUAAGAAAAGUUCACCUGACAUUAAAUCCUCGUCCAGUAAUGGCUGAUCAAGAAAAGGUCCAAGCUACAAUUAAACAACUGGUUCGUGAUUGGAGUGUGGAAGGUACCGAAGAACGAAUGGCGUGUUAUCAGCCUGUUAUAGAUGAAAUUAUGACCCAAUUCCCUGUAGACUAUUGUACACCAUCAGACGUGCAAAUUCUAGUACCUGGAGCAGGUUUAGGAAGAUUAGCUUAUGAAAUUGCGAGACGUGGAUAUACUUGCCAAGGAAAUGAAUUUUCCCUUUUCAUGCUAUUUGCAUCUCAUUUUGUAUUAAAUAAAUGUAGGGGAGUAAAUUCAUACCAAGUACAUCCAUGGGUGCAUCAGUAUAUGAAUAACUUAAAACCUGAACAUCAAACUCAAGCUGUGUUCUUCCCAGAUGUAAAUCCUAGUGAUCUUCCAGAAAAUGCACAGUUCUCUAUGGCGGCUGGAGAUUUUCUGGAGGUGUAUACAGAAGACAAUCACUGGGAUUGUAUUGCCACAUGUUUUUUCAUAGAUUGCGCAAAUAAUAUUGUACAAUUUAUUGAAACUAUCUACAAAAUUUUAAAACCUGGAGGUAUAUGGAUAAACCUUGGACCACUAUUAUAUCAUUUUAGUGAUAUGCCAAUGGAAGAUUCGAUAGAACCAAGUUAUGAUGUAGUUCGUGAUGUGAUUCAAGGUUUUGGAUUUCAAUUAGAGAAGGAGGAAACGCGUGUAAAAACACGAUAUGCACAAAACAUUAAUAGUAUGUUGCAAUGUGAAUAUAACAGCGUAUAUUUUGUUUGUCGAAAACCUAAAAGACACAUAGAUAAUAAUAUAAGUCAUAGAAAUGGUACUGAAAGUAAUGGUAUGCAAGAACAAGAAAACUAAUUAUUGACGACUUCCUGUAUUUCACUUGUAAGAAAAAUUGAUAUAAUUGUAAAUGCGUUACAUAAUAGGUUCAUUACUACAAAAACAAAGCUGUUAUACUUUAUGAAUCAAGUCAAUAUUAGGUAAUUUGAAUCUAAAAAAAAGUAAGAAAAAUCUUUAAAUAUUGUUAAAAAUUAAGCUAAUAUUUUUUUAUCUAGGAUUUUAUUUCACUAUAUGUAACUGCUAAAUAUUAACAGCUCUGUUGUUAACAAACUAGACAAUAAAAAUUGCGCAGUUAUUUUUUUAAAUACCGACAAAAGUUGAUUCAAGUUCAAAAUGAUUCUUCAACAAUUUUGCAAUUUUUCUUUUUCUUUCAAUUUUGAUAUUUGUAAUUUAGUAUAUUAUUAAUGUUUAUUGUUUAAAAUAUUUAUCAAAUACCGUGAUAAUACAAAAUAAAAGAAGCUUGAUUUGGUUGCAUGUAUAUACUACGCAAUAUCCUUUUUUAACUGGUUUGAAGACAAAUUUUAUUUUAAUUAUCAAAUUUAUCUUACAAACCAAUGUUGCCUUGUAUAAUUCUGUGAGUUACAUUAAUAUGAUAAAGAGCGUGCAAUUCUAUAAUUUGAGUGUUUCUUAUUACAGUGUUCAUUAUUUCUUCUAUUUCUUGAAAGAUAUAUAAUAUUCAAAUCACACAAAUAUCAUCUGUUUCAAAAUUGUUUAUAUUAACAAAAUGAGUAAUUAAUAACAUUUGAAAUGCAAAUAUGCAGGCUACAAUUACUAUAAAGUAAGCCUAAUGAUGUACUGAUGUAAUUUUUUUUAUUAAAAACAAAAAUACGUUUUUGAAAAUUUGAUCAAUAACAAUUUUUGUCUCAUAUAAAAUAAUUUAUUUUUAAAAAUAUCUUUAGUACAAAAAUAUGUUGAUUAACGAUAAAAUACGCUAAUGCUUUGCUUACUUAUAAACUUUUAUUAAGAUAUUGUACAAAUAAUGAUGCAAUUUGAUUAAUUUCAA